CAUACGUGUACAUCUUAAUGCGCGCUAAAAAAUAUAAUUAUGGGUCAUAUAAAAAUCAGAACUGGAUGAAACUACUUCUGUGUUUUAUUUCGUAUUUUCAACAAGGCAUGAAAAAGGCCAAUUAAAAUUACCUAAUACAUUUAUAUUACCAAAGGCAUCAUCUGUUCUAGUUAAAACACUUGUCUCGUUUAGAUUCAUUAUGGAUUAUAAAUAUGAAUUUUAUCAGACUCAUGGAUAGUGGUAAUAGAUACUUACAUUAAUUUAUGAUUACAUAUUGGCGACGUACAGAAAUUAAUGGGACUUUAAACUGGAGGAAACGCCAAGCACCUGUAGUGGGACUUUAUUCUGGAGAAACCGCCAAGCACCUGUCGUGUAUUGAGAAUACUUCACGGACAUGGAACUCAAAUUAAUACAGGCACUGUUAGUCAGUUUGAUUUUGAAUAGUUUCAUCCUGAUUACCACCGUAGACGGACAAUAUGUACCAACAAUUGAAUCGAUUCAGGAAGAAUAUUGGCAAUGGCGUCUGAAAGAUUCUCCAGAAUAUUCUACAUUUCUUGGUUACUACGAAUAUAAUGAUUUAUUAAGAUCAUAUAGCGUACAAGACUUCAUACAAAAAAAGGACAGAGUUCAACAGUUCUUAGAUGAUAUUAACACUAUACAAGAAACUAGUUUACCGCCAUCAGAAAGAGUUAACUACUUAAUUCUUAAAGACACAUUUCAAACAUACAUCAAUGGAUACGAAUUUGCAUUGUAUGGAGCAUUAAAUCCUAUAAAUAACUUAGAAGGAAUCCAUAUAUAUUACUCAGCAGCAAUGGCAGCAACCCGGUCAAGAGGAGAUUUUGAGAACUACAUUGUUAGACUCAAUAAUAUUCCAGAUCAAAUAAACGAAAUUAUAAAUAGUUUUAAAGAGGCAAUUAAGCUGAACAGAACAUACAACUUUGUGUCAAUUAACAAAGUAAAAGAUGAUAUAAAUGAAUUGUUGGUAGAGCCGAGUGAUUCGACGUUCUUUGUUGGUAUAAAUUACACGUUAUCCGUCAUUGAUAAUAUUGACGAAACUGACAAAACUGACUUAAGAAUAAGGACAUUGCUAGCAACCAACAGAACAAUAACAGCCUACAGAACACUUCGUAGUUUCAUUAUUGAUGAAUAUAUGCCGCAUACAAGAGUUGGCCUGGGGCUUUCUAGCAUGGCCGACGGGAAACGUUAUUACCAGGCAUGUUUAAGAUGGCAUCUUUCCUAUGACAUGUCCCCCGAAGAAGUCCACCAAAUAGGUCUACAAGAAGUUGAACGCAUACACUCAGAAAUGGUCAAGCUUGUUAGACGACUAGGAUUUACUGGUACUGUCAAAGAGUUUUUUGACGUGUUGAAAAAUGAUUCAAGGUUUUAUCACACGAAUACUAGUGUAAUACUAGAAAUAUACAAGGACAUUGUUUACAGCAAGAUAACUCCAAAACUUCAAGAUUACUUUGAGAACAUUCCUGAUGUCCCUUUACAAAUAAAGGAAAUGACGUAUGAUGGUCCAGGUGGAGGGUAUUCAUCAGCUUCGGAAACGAGGCCAGGCGUAUUUUGGAUCAAUCUCAUCCGACCGUCAGAGAGUCCAACAUUUGAUUAUAUGGCGCUUAGUUUACACGAGGCAAGUCCAGGGCAUCAUUUACAACAUAGUUAUGCAAUGAAGGCAGCUCUACCGGAAUACAGACAACAUACAGAAAUUUCAUUUUAUGAUGUUCCAUUUUGGUUUCCGUUUUAUUCAGCUUAUUCAGAGGGUUGGGCAUUGUAUUCUGAAUAUCUAGGUGUUGAAAUGGGUUUAUAUGCAGAUGAUUAUGAAAUGUUAGGACGUUACAGUGGUGAAAUACUACGGGCUUGUCGAUUGGUUGUUGACACAGGUCUUCAUCAUUAUGGAUGGGAUCGACAAAAAGCGGUUGAAUAUAUGAUGAAUUACACAGCCUAUGCAAGGGAAGCAACCGAGAUUGAGGUUGAUAGAUAUGUCACAUGGCCUGGACAAGCUUGUGCGUACAAAUUAGGAGAGAUCAAAAUAAAAGAGUUGAGAAAGAAAGCAGAAACACGUUUAGGAUCAAAAUUUGACAUAAAGAAAUUCCAUUCAACUAUUCUGGUACAUGGCGCUGUUCCCAUGAGUAUUUUAGAUACUUUUGUAAAUGAAUGGAUAGAAGAGACAUUACAAAUGGCAGAUAUAACCUCAGAAUCUUCAGUAAUAGGACCAUCGUUAUUUUCUUUUUCUCUUAUUCUACUUAGUCUUUUGCUAAGCAAAUGUCCUUUGUUUUGAAUAUGAUAGUGAUGCAAAAACAAAUGAUAUGCAUAAACAAAUGUAAUGCACAAACAAUUGCUAUGCACAAAAAAUUGUCAUGCACAGCAAAUUGUAAUGCACCUCAAAUCGUAAUGCACAAAUAUUUGUUUUCACUUCAUGUUUUAGUGUUUUUAUUUUAUAUGAUGACUUUUUGUAAUGUAAUAUAUAUGUUGCAUUCUUGCUUGAAUAUCUACUGACUAAAAUUAACAUUCUUAAUGAUUUAUCAAUAACAAUAAAUAAAACUGAUGCAAUACUCAAA